GGGACCCAGCUCGAGGAACAAAGGAGCUAGAAGGACCCCUUGCACCUGGUCACCCAGGAGAGCACACCAAUCCCUUGGCUCAUUGAAGAGGUUUGGAUUUGUUGCAAACGGGACUUCAAAAACUGAACAGAGAAAUCCCGAGUGCACUGUCUGAAUUUGCCUGUAUACUCUUGUUCCGCGUCUGAGAAAGAACCAGACCAACCAAACUGGUGAUUUUGGGUGUCCUGCGGCCGUGGAUGCCUUUGAUAUUAUGACCGCAGAGGAUUCCACCGCAGCCAUGAGCAGCAACCCUGCCACCCCGUCCUCGGCCAAGGUGCCUGAGGGUGUGGCAGGAGCUCCCAACGAGGCGGCCCUGGUGGCCCUGAUGGAGCGCACGGGCUACAGCAUGGUGCAGGAGAAUGGGCAGGGCAAAUACGGCGGGCCGCCCCCUGGCUGGGAGGGCGCACACCCGCAGGGCGGCUGCGAGGUCUUCGUGGGCACGAUCUCGCGCGACGUGUACGAGGACGAGCUGGUGCCGGUGUUCGAGGCCGUGGGCCGCAUCUACGAGCUGCGCCUCAUGAUGGACUUCGACGGCAAGAACCGCGGCUACGCCUUCAUCAUGUACUGCCACAAGCACAAGGCCAAGCGCGCAGUGCGCGAGAUCAACAACUAGGAGAUCCGGCCGGGCCGGCUGCUGGGCGUGUGCUGCAGCGUGGACAACUGCCGCCUCUUCAUUGGCGGCAUCCCCAAAUUGAAGAAGCGCGAGGAGAUCGCCAAGGUCACUGAGGGCGUGCUGGACGUCAUCAUGUACGCCAGCGCAGCCGACAAGAUGAAGAACCGCGGCUUCGCCUUCGUGGAGUACGAGAGCCACCGCGCCGCGGCCAUGGCGCGCCGCAAGCUCAUAAUGAUUGAAGAUGGUAAAAUUCACACCAUGGAGCACAUGAUCAGCCCCAUUGCUGUGCAGCCAGACCCAGCCAGCGCUGCUGCCGCCGCAGCAGCUGCCACCGCCAUCAUUCCUGCCGUCUCAACGCCACCGCCUUUCCAGGGCCUCCCACUAACUCCAGUGUACACAGUGGCUCCAAACGUGCAGAGAAUUCCCAUUGCCAGCAUCUAUGGGGCCAGCUACCUUCCCUUUGCUGCUCCGGCCACGGCCACGAUCGCCACACUAGAGAAGAACGCGGCGGCUGCGGUGUAUGGAGGCUACGCCGCGGGCUACAUACCUCAGGCCUUCCCCGCAGCUGCCAUCCAGGUCCCCAUCCACGACGUCUACCAGACAUACUGAGACUGGCGACUGGAGAAAGACAAGCCAAGGGGACGCGGCCAAAGGAACGCUUUACUAUUUAUGAAGAAAGAAAACGUUGGAUUAGCGCACACAGGAAACCAGAAAGUGAAGAAUGUUAUCGAAUACCACACAGAAAUCUUUUAU